UCAGGUAGAUGGUGGGAUGAGGGGAGCAGGGGAGACGAGUAUGCCACUGCUGACGCCCCUCCCCCCACCUCUGUGUCCACAGGAACACCGCUUCACCUUUGACAGAGUGCUGGGCCCGGGCGCUGCUCAGGAAGCAGAGCAGGAGCUAUUGACACGUGUCCAACCCAUGCUGGCCUCUGUGGGACAAGGGUACAAUACAGUCCUCCUGCUCCAGGGCCAGAAAACAGAGGCACCCAGCUUUGUGCCUCAGGUCCUGCAGAUGUUGUUUGAGGAAGCUCUGCCUCUCUGCAGCUCUGGCCCUGCGCUUUGUACUCUCGGUCUAGUGCAGAUUAGCCGCAGUGGACAGACUCGGGACCUGCUCUCUCCAUGUAUGGAGGACCUGCCAGUACUAGAGGUGGCCCCUCUGGGCUUGGUGGUGAAAGAUGCCAGUGAAGUGGAAGUGUCUGAUGCCCAAGCUGCCUCUGAGCUGUACCUAAAGGCUGCUGGGAGUGAAGGCAGAGACUGCCCCCUGCUGCAAAUACUGGCUGGUGCCACUGCUGGUGAGGAGGUGGAGGGCUCUCUGCCUUGGAUCAUCUCCUGGCUCCUGGAGGCAAACAGCUACAGUGGAGUACUUCUUCGUUUGGACCCCCGAGGUAGCCCUCUGAGUUUGCUCCAGAAUGCUCUGUUGGGGGCCUCAAGAAAAAGGGUGCAGGUGAAUGAGGUGAAGCCCACCCUGUGGAAUCCAGGAGAGGAGAUGAGGGCGCGCAGGGCCACCCUGAAGAUGCUACGCUUAGGCCUUCUUGGCGACACCUUGACAGACGGUGGGUUGAACCGACUAGGAAGGGCACUCUGGGAACUACAGGUGGUAAAAGCCUGGGGCCCAAGAAGCCAUGCACCCAAAAGGCCUAGGGCUGAGGCUGUGAGGUCUGGACCACAGGUUGAAGGCGAACCACUGAACUACUGUAAGCAGGGAAGACACUCAGAUCAUUUGUCAGAGGCAGGAAGAAAAUUCCUAGGGUCUGGGCUCCACCUAAAGCAUCCCCUCAGGCACUGUGAGGAACAGGCCCAUCAGGCCCCAGAUGUGGCCCUGCAGUUCUUUCUGGCCCAGGCCCGGAGGCAGAGACUUCGAGAGGAACACCAGGUUUGGAUCCAAGAAGAGCUGAAACAUUUGGAGCACCAGAAGGAAGUGGCCUGUGAACAGAUCAAAGGCAUGGUGGCAGAAGAGGCUUGCAUGGAGAGAGAGAGUCAAUGGAAGGAGCAGGCAGUGCUGAAACUUCAGGUGGAAGCCCUCCAGGCAGAGCGGGACAUGGCAGAGCAGGAUCUGGUGGUCCUAUAUGACUUGUAUGUACAGGCCACCCGUGCUCGGACAUGCCACUUGCUGCAGGUAUUUCAAGCAUGGCAGGGGGUGUGGGAAGAGAAGGCCAUGGCCACAGAACAUCACCACCGCAGUUUGCUGGCUGGCAUCCUCCAAGACACCAUUGAUCUGGCCUUGAAGAACCAGGAACUCCAAGCCCAGAACCAGGAGCCUGAGCAGGGUGCAGACAGAGCUAGCCGUGCUGCAGUCCUGCCUGGAGAGAAAUCUGAUCCAGAACAUUCUGGGGCUACUUUCCUUUGUCCUCAUUCAUGAAGGCCCAGAAGGGAGAGGAAGGUGGGGCAUACCAACCAAGAUGGCUCUCAUUACAGAAACCUACCAACACUACCACUAACUGUGUCUCCUUGUACCAAAUUCUGCUAAGUGCCCAAUAGCUAGCAGUUUUUUCCUCAGCCCCCUGUGUUUGUGCCAUUUGACCCUCACUCAGAAAUAACCCAUUCUAAUAACUGUCCAAGGAGUCAGCUAAGUAGCAGAGGGAACAUUCUCUUCCUCUUGUGCUAGGGAUAGAACCCAAGGCCUCUGCACACCAAGUAUCUUCUCUAGCUUUGAACUACAGCUCUAGCCCUGCCACCUUUUCUCUUUUGAGAUAUGGUCUCAGAUAGCCCAGGCUGACCUGGAACUUGCUAUGUAACUAAGGAUGACCUUUACUUCCUG